AUGUACAGGGAGAAGCCAUGGUGCUUUGUCUCUGACCCAGACAUCGAGUGGGAGUACUGCGACAUUCCCUACUGUCAUAACCUCGGUCCGUUGGAGUGCAAAAAUAACCGACAAGGAAAGACCUAUAUGGGAACGAAGAACGUCACCAAAGCAGGUCACCCGUGCCAACUGUGGAUGCGCGAAUCGCCCAAUCCCAUCUCAAGUCACGGUUACUAUUGGAAUGCUGGAUCAUUCCUGGACGACUUGCAUCCUUCUCAUAACUUUUGUCGGAAUCCUGAUGGAGACUCUGGAGGGCUUUGGUGCUUUAAUGGAGCUGGAACUGAUCCCGUAUGGGAAUACUGUGAUAUCAAGCUAUGCUGA